AUGACGAACGAUACCCCUCUAACAGCGCCAAAGUUGGCCGCGAAGCCUGCUGUUCGCACUCGGCACAUCAGCCACAUCAAUCGCGAAGACUUGUACACAAAUCUCGAGGCCAGGAUCCAUUAUCUGCAUAGUUUCCUUGAUUUCAACAGUGCCGAUAUUGACGCCCUCAUCACCGGCUCCAAGUACGUCAAGGCGCUGAUCCCCGCCGUGGUCAACAUUGUCUAUAAGAAACUUCUUUCCUACGAUAUCACCGCUCGCGCUUUCACGACGCGCAGCACAAGCUUCGAGGGUCCCCUAGAUGAACAGCCCGACGAGAAUAGCCCCCAGAUUCUGCACCGGAAGAUGUUCCUCCGGGCGUAUCUGAAUAAGCUCUGCACCGACCCCUCUAGGAUGGAAUUCUGGGAGUAUUUGGACAAGGUUGGCAUGAUGCACGUUGGUCUCGGCCGCGCGCACCCUCUCCACGUCGAAUACAUUCAUCUCGGCGCCUGCUUGUCCUUCAUCCAGGAUAUCCUGACCGAGGCCAUCCUAUCUCAUCCCAGACUCCACAUCCAGCGCAAGAUUGCUCUCGUCAAGGCCAUUGGCAAGGUCAUAUGGAUCCAAAACGACCUCAUGGCCAAGUGGCAUGUGCGGGACGGCGAGGAAUACGUCAGCGACAACAGCGACAUCGUCAUCGAGAAGGAAGGUUACCUCAACGGCAAAAGGUGCUUGAUGACGAAGAACUGGCCGACCUACCGCCGACUUCUGGUGUCGGAGGAGAAGCCGGCUGCCCCGGUUGCGUAG